AGUGAGGAUCCAGCCAAUACUCUGGAGCAGCUCAAGAUCUCCACGUUGGCAGAGAAGGACUGGCCUUCCGAUGAGACGCAGGAAAUGAGCAAGUCGGACACGGAUGUUUCCAAAAAGUUGGAUUCGGGUCUGCACUUGAAAUGGGAUGAUCCAUACUAUGACAUUGCAAGGCAUCAGAUUGUGGAGGUGGCAGGUGAUGAUAACUUUGGCAGGAAGGUUAUUGUGUUCAGUGCCUGUCGGAUGCCUCCACACCAUGAGCUUGACCAUCACAAACUGUUGGCGUACCUGAAGCAUACCCUGGACCAGUAUGUUGAAAAUGACUACACUCUCAUUUAUUUCCACCAUGGGCUCACCAGUGAGAACAAGCCAUCCCUCACCUGGCUCAGGGAUGCCUACAGGGAAUUUGACCGAAAGUACAAGAAGAAUAUCAAGGCUCUGUGCAUUGUCCAUCCCACCACUUUCAUCAGAACACUGCUUAUUCUUUUUAAGCCAAUUAUCAGCUGGAAGUUUGGAAGGAAGAUAUUCUACAUGAACUAUCUGAGCGAAUUGGAAGAAUACGUCAAGUGUGAACAGCUGGUGAUACCCCAGAGGGUCAAGACUUAUGAUGACAAAAUCAAGGCUGCGCAGAAGGUCUCACAAGCACAGAAACCAGUGCCGCCACAUUCUCCACUGCCAGCCCAGCAAUUCGGGCUCUUCCUCUCACAAUUACAGGAGAAGAGUCCAGAUAAAGACAAAAUCCCCCUGGUAAUGCGAGAGACAAUCAGCUAUUUGAGGGAGCAUGGUCUUCAAACAGAAGGCAUAUUUCGAAGAUCAGCCAAUAUAUCCUUGGUCAGGGAAGUCCAGAAUAAAUACAAUAUGGGGGAAAAAGUGGAUUUCCUCCAGUAUGAUGACGUCCAUCUUGUUGCUGUCAUUCUUAAAACAUUCCUUCGGGAAUUACCGGAGCCCCUCCUCACCUUUCGGCUCUACAAUGACAUUGUCAAUUUUCACAAUGUGGAAAACAGCAGUCAGGUGGCUGUACUCUGCAGCAUGCUUCAGACGCUCCCAGAUGAGAACUAUGCUACUCUCAAGUAUCUCAUUCAGUUCCUGGCGCAGGUGUCCGAUCAGAGUGGGGUAAACAAGAUGAACAACACUAACCUGGCUGUGGUGUUUGGACCAAACCUGCUGUGGGGACGAGACGCAGCCAUGACUCUGGGUGCCAUCGGCCCGAUCAACAACUUCACAAGGAUGCUCCUGGACCAUCACAGCCAGGUCUUUGAGCAGACCAGCCCUUAGCUCCACACUGGUCUCUCGCACUCUGCAAUCUGCCGCCUUGUACACCUUCCCACGCCCAUAAUGUACAGUAGCUAUUGCCAAACACACGCAUUACAGAGAAAUAAUGGAACGUACAAAGUCUUAUCAGCAGGAUCCACUGAGAAAAACACAGUACAUCCCUUUAGUGAAAAAACUAUAGGAACUAUAUUUCUGCUCUCAAUACUUCGAACACCAAGAAAGAAACAUUUGGCACACCUUACAAGUCUGGUACUGUUUAGCAGAAUGCCACUGGAAUCACAAAAGGUUUGACGGUUUGUGAUUCACAGUUAAUUUUUAUAAUGGUACAGAUAAACACUACCAUAUAUAUAUAUAAAAAUGUACUGUAUAUGUAUCAAAAUACAGACUAAUCUUAAGCAAGCAGUUGCAAAAUAAAUUGUUUUUCUUCACUGAUGCUCUCGAACAACUGCCCAGCUUGGCAAAAUAGAAAGCAUUCAGUGCAGUGUUGUUGUUUUUAAAGAUGCCUUAUACUGUUAAGUAAUUAACUUGUUUUAUUGAAGUUUGAUUUGAAUUGAUUAUGGUAGGCAUUAAGGAGAUACUGAAUAUGACAAUAUUUGGUGAGCAGUACUUUUCAAAAUA